AUGGCAGCCCGAAGUCUCCGGAGAGGAGAGAGCCACUUCUGUUUCCCUCCAAAAAGCAUCAACCCGCUCCGAGCGCCGAAACGACUGCGCGAUGAUACAGCGCGUCUCCAGCGCACACACACGCGUCCGGGAGUUACGCGCCGCGUAAAAAAGCAGAAAGGAGCUCCGUUUGCGAACGCCGCGGACGCGCAACGGGAACUAAACGCGUUUCUUUCUGUCAGGCGGUCCACAUGUGUCACCAUGAUCCUGUUCUCCUCGCGCAGUGUGCUGCUGUCUGUGUAUUACCCGCAGAUCUUCCUCAUCCUCACCAGCGGCAGUUACCUGGCUCUCUCCUCCGUGGUGGCGCUCGGCGCGAACAUCAUCUGCAAUAAGAUCCCCGGCCUCGCCCCUCGCCAGCGCGCCAUCUGCCAGAGCCGGCCCGAUGCCAUCAUUGUGAUUGGAGAAGGGGCGCAGCUGGGCAUCAACGAAUGCCAGUAUCAGUUCAGAUACGGCCGCUGGAACUGCUCGGCGCUGGGCGAACGCACCGUCUUCGGUCAAGAGCUGCGAGUAGGCAGCAGGGAGGCGGCAUUCACCUACGCCAUCACAGCCGCUGGAGUCGCCCACGCCAUCACGGCCGCAUGCAGCCAGGGCAACAUGAGCCACUGCGGGUGCGACCGGGAGAAACAGGGCUACUACAACCAGGAGGAGGGCUGGAAAUGGGGCGGAUGCUCGGCGGACAUCAAGUACGGCAUCGAGUUCUCCCGGAAGUUCGUGGACGCCCGCGAGAUAAAAAAAAAUGCACGCCGAUUGAUGAACCUUCACAAUAAUGAAGCCGGGAGAAAAGUUUUGGAGGACAGAAUGAAGUUGGAAUGUAAAUGCCACGGCGUUUCGGGCUCCUGCACUACGAAAACUUGUUGGACCACGUUACCGAAGUUCCGCGAGAUCGGCUAUGUCCUGAAGGACAAGUACCACAAAGCCGUUCACGUGGAGGUCGUCCGAGCCGACCGACUACGACAGCCCACCUUCCUGAAGGUGAAGAAAACGAACGGUUAUCAGAAGCCCUUAGAAACGGACUUGGUCUUCAUCGAGCGAUCGCCGAACUAUUGCGAAGAGGACGCCAAAACCGGCAGCGUGGGGACGCAGGGGCGACUGUGCAACCGGACGUCGCCACACACCGACGGUUGUGACCUCAUGUGCUGUGGGCGGGGCUACAACACACACCAGUACACCAAGGUGUGGCAGUGUAACUGUAAAUUCCAAUGGUGCUGUUUCGUGAAGUGCAACACUUGCAGCGAGCGGACGGAGGUUUUUACUUGCAAAUGAGCUGACGUUUGUUCUAGCGAAGCGGACUGAACGCCGGUUCACACGGUCUGGUGGGGAGCGGAGGUGAUGCGGAUACGCUGGGUGGUCAAACCCACGGAAGGAAAUCGAGGGAACGGGAUUUUCAAGUUCGUCAGCUCUUGAUGGCGUUGUUUUGCACAGCAGAAUGUAUAUUUGCUUUAACCCAGAGUUCAAUUCUAAAGUCUAUCAGUAGGUACAAGUCCAGCAUUCCACCAGAGAUACCGAUGUAUCCACACUGACUCCAGCUAAAGGACUGCAGGAGACCGGCCAUGCCCCGGUGCAUUCUGGGACUUCUAGAUUUUCUUUUCCAUAGGAAGCUCAUCAAAGGACUUAGAGGAGGCUUUUGGGAUUUGGAUCUUGACGGAACUCUUUGGAAAAGCCAGUGAAACCGCAAGACUUUGUCUCAUCUCAACAUGCUGCGUUAAAGGGCAAAAAGGAACUCAAAAUGUUGAGUUAUAUUUAAGAAGGAGCUCUGUAAACCAUGCAGACUGCAAAUCAAGGAUUUGUUUUUUUUAAAAUAGCCUUUUAACUGCCAACUGGAACCUGGUAGAGUUUUGUUAGUCAUCCAGUCACACUGGAACUGUCUGUUCGAACACUGAAAAUAAAUUAUUAUAUAUUAUAUGUUAUAGUCUCCUGAGGAACCGAAGCGCUAACGGGUAGAAAUGUCUUAUUUUGUACUAAAUAAGAAAUGAAAACAAAGACUUUGUAGAAACUUGUGACUGAAGAUGUCUUUUAGAGGAAAAGAAGGCCCCAGAUGUUUUUCUAGUUUUAUGAUGUGUCGACUUCCAAAACCACUGUCAUUUGUCAGUCAUGAUAACGUUGGUUCACCUUUGCUGGAAUCUAGCCGUAGUUCUUGAUAGAAUCGCCAUAGAAAUUUGGGUCACUUCUUUUUCCAGCUAGCUCUUUACGACUCAAAGGUUCUCACUUGGUUCAUGAUAUUUGUGGCGAGUAUAUUUCUGGAUAUGUUACAGAAUGCUGCACUGAUGUUUUUUCUAUUCAGAUACGAUGCA